AUGGACGAAACUUCUUUGGUCACUCUUCCUCCUGUCCGCAUCCGCGCAGUCGUAAAGCCAGCCCUGGUCGAGAUAGUGCCACGCGCCGCCGUACCAGAACCCGCCGUUUGGCCGCUGCGGCGUGCCGUGGUGGGUGAUGACGAGCUCGAUCGUGUGCUCGAGCCCGCGCCCGCCGAUGCUCCACUGGCCCGCCGCCGGCUCCCACUGGCCGUCGGUGCCCACGCCCCCGAUCCGGCGGCACUCCCAGUCCCAGAGGCCGAUGAGCUGUCGGUAGCUCUGCAGGUCCGCCAGCAGCGAGAGCGUGCAGUUGUGCUCGUCACUCGACGGGUAACACUCGUGCGGUUGCGACCGUGCCAGACCGGCUGCGAGGGUCGUGACGGCCAGCCAGAUUUUAACCACUUGUUCGGAAACCACUAA